AUCAUCCAAGCAUUUCAUUUUUCUCUGCAUGAUAAAGUAGAGAGAAAGAUAGAGCUCUAGGGUUUCCUCAGUACUCAGGCCCUUCUAGUUCUAUAUAUAUCUCCUUCUUCUAUCUUCUUCUUCCUCAAUCCUCUCUCAGUUUUCGUUACAUUAAACUGAGUUCAUCACCCUUUCCGGUCCUUUUCUCUCUGUAAUAUCAGAUAUGGCAGCUGUAGCAGACGCUCAUCAUCCCUGGGCCUUUACAUUUGGGAUAUUAGGUAAUCUGAUUUCCUUCAUGGUUUACUUAGCCCCUGUGCCGACGUUUUACCGGAUCUUCAAAAAGAAAUCGACUGAAGGUUUCCAAUCGGUGCCAUAUCUGGUAGCGCUGUUUAGUGCCACGCUUUGGCUUUACUAUGCCAUGCUGAAACAAAACGCUGUGCUGCUCAUCACAAUCAACACUUUCGGAAGUGUGAUAGAGACUCUGUACAUCGCCAUGUACAUUGUUUAUGCAACCAAGGCUUCAAGGAAAUUCACUAUCAAGUUACUCGGGUUCAUGAACUUGGGACUCUUCUCCUUGAUCCUUGUCAUUUUACAGUAUGCAUUUCAUAGUGAAUACCGUGCCCCGGUUCUUGGAUGGAUCAACGUUGCCAUUUCCGUUUGUGUUUUCGCUGCGCCGUUGAGUAUUGUGGCACAUGUAAUCCGCACAAAAAGUGUUGAAUUCAUGCCAUUCAGUUUAUCAUUCUUCCUUACUUUGAGUGCCGUGAUGUGGUUUGCCUAUGGAUUGUUCCUCAAGGACAUAUGCAUAGCACUUCCAAACGUGUUAGGUUUUAUCUUGGGUCUCCUUCAGAUGCUGCUCUACGCCAUAUACAGAAACCGCAAGCCUGUCAUAUUUGAUCCGGAGGACAAGCUCCGGGCGCCGGAACAAAUGAAAAGUAUUGUGAUUCUGAGCACUAUCCCAACUUCCGAAGUUCAUCCGGUGGAUGCUAAGCAUUGCGAUGGCAAUGACGGCGAAGACGUGGACGGAAAAGAUGGAAAUAAGGAGGGUGAUGGUGAUGAACAUGAGAAGUGCGUGGUGGUGCUGGUAGACAUGGAUGCAUCAGGUGAGCUUCAACUGAAGUCUGAUGAACCAUGUGUAGAGUGAGGCUCAACUACAAAGUGUAACAGUUACGACAUGUCGGAUUUGAUUUCUAGCGCGAGCUAGGAGUAGAUAGCUUCUUCUGGCUUGAACUAUCUCGAUCUGCUCUUCUUGUUUCUGUGCUACAGCUGUAAGUAAGGGUGGAACAAAGAAAGCUACAGCUAUGCUGCUAUGGUGCUUUCACUUGUGUAAUCAUUAACUUAGUAUGCGUUUUGCGUUUGUCCUUUUCGUUUUCAUGUAGAACCAUUUUGUGUCCAAUAGUUAACAAAGAUCUAUUAAGUCAGCUAGGGCCCCUGCAAUAUUAGUUUUCAAUUAGUUGUACGUACGUCUUCAUCUUUCUCUUAAUGAUCCAGACUUCUGUGUAGUAUUGGCUUAUAAUUUUGGCAAUCUAUGAUUAAUUUCC